CAAACCUAUUUUUCAAAUGAGCUAUAAAACUUAUAGCAUCAUCCCGCACACUAUCUGCCGUUUAAACAGGUUUACCCUGCAUCUCCGAUGACCCGGAGAAAAAUCGUAGAAUUAUCAUUACUCGAUCUCUAACUGCAUGAAAAUGUCUUAUCUUAUCGUCCUCAAUUGGUAUAUCAGAACCUCGAUCGACUCAGCUGAACGCGCUCUGCAGCAAGGAGCCUAAUAUGGCAUGCUUACUUCACCGAUGUUUGCCAUGUCUAGGCCGUCUUACCUGCAGCAGACCACGAGACACCCUCUACCGGUUACACUGCACAUCAGGACGCAUCACAAUGAGGGUCCUCUGUCUCCACGGAAAAGGCACCAGCGGUGCCAUAUUCAAAUCGCAAACCGCUUCAUUCCGCGCCCACCUGGCCCCUCUCAACAUCGACUUUGACUUCCUCGACGGCCCUAUCCCCUCCUCCCCAGCCCCGGGCAUAGACCUCUUCUACAGCCCACCGUACUAUUCCUGGUGGGAAGGCGAAUCUGCUGAAGCCAUCAAGACCGCUCGCCAAUUGCUGAAGACGCACCUCAUUCUCUCGGGUCCCUACGAUGCCGUCAUGAUGUUCUCUCAGGGCUGUACCCUGGGUUCGAGUGCGCUUCUGCUCAACGCAAUUGAGGAACCGCGCUCGCCUCCGCUGUUCAAGGCCGCGAUUUUUAUCUGCGGUGGGCCUCCACUCGCUAUUGCGGAGAUGCUGGGGUAUCAGAUGAGUCCUGAAAUGCGGGAGAGGGAUAACUGGUCCCGUGUGGCGCUGGCGCAGCAGGCUGAUUCGUCUGCGAUUCUGAGCCAGGGGGCUGCGAGGUGGAGGGGCGGUUGGUGGGAUAUAUCGGAUGAGGAGCAGCUGCGGGAUGAGAUGGAGUUUCCGUGGAGGAUUGAGAUUCCGACAGUUCAUAUUUAUGGGGAUAAGGAUCCAAGGUAUUUGGCGGGGGUGCAGUUGUCGGCAUUGUUUGACACGGAUAAUAUGAAGACGUAUGCGCAUGAUGGUGGGCAUGAGAUUCCGCGGAAGGACGUGGUUAGUCGGAAGAUUGCAGAGUUAGUGAGGUGGGCGUUGGAGAGUGUUUAACCUGCACAUGAUGGGAUAGACUCAGGCUAGAUAAAUUUGAACAUAGACUGAUUCAUGUUAAGCCGAAAGAUUAUUGACAUAACUCAGAAAGACCGACAUCGACAUGGCACAUAACAUCGUAGAGACUGUAAACAUAU